UUCGUCACAUAAACCCUCCACCACUGGUUUGUUUGACCCUCCAAAGCUGAACCCAAGACUUCUUCAGCCUUGCCCAGUCAAUAUGCCAUUGAAAGAUCGAAGUAGGGGGUGCGAUAUUGAGAACUCGUCUUUAAGCUCACGCGGCUGGGUCGUUCAAAAACGGUUCUUGAAAAUCUACUGGGAAUUGCAAGCCGAGGGAUCCAAACCCAACGCAAUCAAGCCUACGCCCCGCCUUAGAGUCGAUUAUCAACUGCUUAUUGAUGAACGUAUUGUAGCAGAUCCUCCCAAUGGUAACCCAGCCGGUUUACUUCAGUCAGCAGAGCUUGAUAUCGAGUGCAUGGUGUAUCAUUGCCGAUGGAUGGGAACUCAAAGAGAGCUGCUCUCUAUAAGUCAUGCAUCUAGCGAUUUCAAACUAGAUAUAUCAGACCUCGUGAGAAAGGUUGACGAAGCGGACAAGAUUCAGGGUGUUUGCAUCCCGGAAUUCAGCGUUCAUGAGGGUUAUGUCGGAGGGCAUAACAAACUCCUUGUUUUGGAACCUCAUGCGAAGAAUCUAUCACUUUUUUUAGGAGAUAAUGACAGAGUUGAAGACACCGGAAGA